GCUGCCUGCAUCGCACCGCCGGCGCAGCCCGAUCCAGUGACACAGCGUUGGGAUGUGCUGAAUGAAUGCUGGGGCUGGCCGGGACAUGUCUGAGUAGAAACCUGCAUUAUUUUCCAACACGUACAGCAUUUAACCCCCAUGUUGAGGAUGGGGCAGUGCGGCAUCACGUCGUCAAAGACGGUCCUGGUCUUUCUGAACCUGAUAUUUUGGGCUGCCGCUGGUAUCCUGUGCUAUGUUGGAGCCUAUGUCUUUAUUACAUACGAUGACUACGAUCACUUCUUUGAAGACGUGUAUACCCUCAUCCCAGCAGUGACCAUUAUUGCAGUUGGAGGCCUCCUUUUCAUUAUUGGGCUCAUCGGAUGCUGUGCUACAGUGAGAGAGAGCUACUGUGGUCUUACAACGUUUGUUGUCAUUCUCCUGCUGGUUUUCGUGACAGAAGUGGCAGUGGUGGUUCUUGGAUAUGUUUACAGAGCAAAGGUUGAAAAUGAAGUAAAUACUUCUAUCAAGAAAGUGUAUGAUGAGUACAAUGGCACCAACAGCAAUGCCCAGAGCCGUGCCAUCGACUACAUUCAAAGACAGCUUCAGUGUUGUGGGAUCCACAAUUACUCAGACUGGCAGAACACACACUGGUAUGAAGAAUCCAAAAACAACAGCGUACCCGUCAGCUGUUGCAAAACGAACGUUGGAAGUUGCACGGGAUCCCUCACUCAUCAUGAGGAUCUCUACCAAGAAGGUUGUGAAGCUCUGGUUGUGAAGAAGCUGGAGGAGAUCAUGAUGUAUGUCAUCUGGACUGCAAUGACAUUUGCUACCAUCCAGAUGCUGGGGAUGUUGUGUGCCUGUGUCGUGCUGUGCCGCAGAAGCAGAGAUCCUGCAUAUGAGCUUCUUAUUACAGGGGGAACCUAUGCAUAAAGGAGAACACAUUUCUCUCCAUAACACACACUUUCAGAACUAACAUGUCUUUGGUGAGAGCAUGAAAAUAAUCUAUUACCACACUAACCUUGAUCACCAACCACACUAAAGUUACAUAUUUUGAAGAUAUAUAUGUUACAUAUAUACGUUAUAUAUAUGUAUGUAUAUGUAUAUAUAUAUAUAUGUAUGUGUAUAUAUAUAUAUGGGAUACAUAUAUGUUUUUCCAAAAAAGCUAUAGACCAAAUUCUUUAUUGGUCAAUGUAAAUGAGAUUUAGAAAGCAUUCUGUUGCUCUGAGGAUGGCACAAGAGCGUAAAACCUCUAUUGUAUACUAUGUGUGGAGUGAAAUGUGGACAGGGCUAUUUCCUCAUGUUAGUUUGCACUAUGUGUAUGGCUUAGAAUAUUUAAUAUUUUAAUCUGUCCUGUAAAUCAAUUACAUUUCAAUUAAAUGAGUUUUACCCUUUACCUCUACUACUACUACUACUACUACUACUACUAUUAUUACUACUACUACUACUAUUCAAUGUUUACUACUACUAUUCAAUGUCUACUACUACUAUUACAGCUCACCAGCAGUAUUCUGUCAAGAAUUAGUGAACACCAAAGCCCAGGCCAAUGGCAAGUUAUUGCGUGUAAAGUGUGUAACUUAACUGGCUUUUGCUUGUCUGAUCUUUCUUUUGAGCAUCAAGCUUUUUAAUCCCCUUCAGUAUGUGGAAUUUUUCAAGUAGUGAUGCAUUCUUAACUCAAGAUAUACUUUGUCCAAUAGCUGUUUUUUUUGUCUCAAUAGUCAAUUGAUGGUUAGUUUUAGAAUUUGAUUUGCUGAUAUGUAACAAAAGUAAGACUCAAGAAUGUAAAUAAAAGUUUGAAAUGAAAUGAG